GGAAAUAGCCCAUGGCUGUCCUACUGAUUUGAAGGUUCGACUUCCUCGGAAUUCUCCUCCAGAGAGAGACUGUGCCAAGAAUACGGGGCCAAUAUGGGUAUAUGCUUCCUUGUUAUCCUAUUCAGCAGCUGCUUAACAUACCUAGGUGUUGCCAAUAUAACUUCAGUCCAUCCAUCGACAGAGAGUCUCUUGCCCACCACCAGUUUAGUGAAAACUGCCACCACCACGCAGGCCACGAGUGCAAAACCCACCACUUCAAUGAAGAGGCCGACCACGUCCCCAGGCGUGGCACCGACUGUGGCACAAAGCCAUCCGCCCCCGAAAGGGCGGGAAGCCACGACGACCAGCGCCACCGUCACUGGGCCCAGCGUGGCCGUGGCGACGACUUUGCACAAAGCUCUGCGGCCCACGACUGGGCCUGCCACCUUUGCACCGAAUGCCACAGAACCUCCUCCCAACGUCACAGCGACGGAUAAAACAUUGACGACGGUGGAGGCCAAUUUCACAAGUGCACUAGCGACUUCGCAAGCCUUCAACACCGCAACUGAAAUCACAGGACACACCGGUGACCCAGAUCCUCGACGAGAUGAGACCCCCAUCAUCGCUGUAAUGGUGGCCCUCUCCUCCUUGCUCAUCAUAGUAUUUAUUAUUAUUGUCCUCUACAUGUUAAGGUUCAAAAAACACAAGCAGGCCGGGAGCCACUCCAAUUCCUUCCAUUUGUCCAACGGCCGCACAGAUGACAUUGAACCGCAGAGCAUGCCGCUGCUGGCCAGGUCUCCCAGCACCAACCGGAAGUACCCGCCGCUGCCCGUGGAUAAGCUGGAGGAAGACAUCAACCGGCGAAUGGCAGACGACAACAAGCUCUUCCGCGAGGAAUUCAGUGCGCUUCCAGCAUGUCCGAUCCAAGCUACCUGUGAAGCCGCCUCUAAAGAAGAAAACAAGGAGAAGAACAGAUACGUCAACAUUUUGCCUUAUGACCAUUCCAGGGUUCACCUGACACCCAUUGAAGGGGUUCCGGACUCAGAUUAUAUCAAUGCCUCGUUCAUUAAUGGGUAUCAGGAGAAGAACAGGUUCAUCGCUGCACAAGGGCCCAAAGAAGAAACGGUGAACGACUUCUGGAGAAUGAUUUGGGAGCAAAACACGGCCACAAUUGUCAUGGUGACCAAUCUGAAGGAGAGGAAAGAGUGUAAAUGUGCCCAGUAUUGGCCAGAUCAGGGCUGCUGGACGUAUGGGAAUAUCCGAGUCUCCGUGGAAGAUGUCACCAUCCUGGUUGACUACACAGUGAGGAAAUUCUGCAUUCAACAGGUAGGCGACGUCACCAAUAAAAAACCUCAGCGCCUGGUGACCCAGUUCCACUUCACCAGCUGGCCGGAUUUUGGGGUACCGUUCACGCCCAUCGGGAUGCUGAAGUUCCUGAAGAAGGUGAAGACGUGCAACCCCCAAUACGCGGGCGCCAUUGUGGUCCACUGCAGUGCUGGUGUAGGGCGAACGGGGACGUUCAUUGUGAUCGAUGCCAUGCUGGACAUGAUGCACGCCGAGAAGAAGGUGGAUGUUUAUGGGUUUGUGAGCCGAAUCCGGGCCCAACGCUGCCAGAUGGUACAGACUGAUAUGCAGUACGUCUUCAUCUACCAGGCGCUUCUGGAGCACUACUUAUACGGAGACACGGAUGAGUUUAACCGAGUGAUCAUUCCAGUGAAGAGAGGCGAAGAAAACACCGAUUAUGUAAAUGCUUCUUUUAUUGACGUGAGUUCUCCUCUUUGCAUUCCUUCACACAGUGCUGGAGCUGGUCGGACGGGGACUUUUUGCGCGUUGGGCACCGUCCUCGAAAGGGUCAAGGCGGAAGGAAUUCUGGACGUCUUUCAGACGGUGAAGAGCUUGAGGUUACAGAGGCCGCACAUGGUGCAAACACUGGAACAGUACGAAUUCUGCUACAAGGUAGUCCAGGAAUAUAUAGAUGCCUUUUCAGAUUACGCCAACUUCAAGUGAAGCCGAAAAACUCGCCGGAAGAAAGAACAAGAGUUGCCUUCUUUAAUACUUUGUAAUAUUCUGUUUGUUAAUAUCCCUACCCCCCCCACCCCUCAAAUGUGUAUAUAAUCUUAACUGUUCUAGAAGGGUUGGUACCAUUAAGAUUGCUAUUAAUGAGCUUUGAAAUUUUAUAUGUAGCAAAAAGUGUUAGAUAAAAGAAGGCUGUAGGCACUUUUUCCCACCCCCCACCCGCCCCCCCAAAGUUGUAUUGGGGAAUUAAAUAGUGUGAUAUUUGGAUGAAUAUUGUCAGAAAAGGAAAAGAAAAAGGCACCCUUCUCUCGAGAGUUUAUGCAGGCUGGUUUCGUUUUGUUUUAUUUUGUAAAUCUCUUUUUUUUUUCCCCCGCCCUUUGAAGGGAGUAAAGCUUUUUAAACACCAAAUGAGAUUUCUUCCUAUCAGCGGUUUCUUUUGAAAAGAAAAAAGUGGCACACCAAUAACAUU